GUUACCUGAUGUUACGUACCUCCGAUGUAGCACUCGCGUGCGGUCUCGUAAAUGCGCCUAUCAGACCCCAAUCGCAUCCGGCACAGCAGCGAGGACACUGUGGCUACCUCGCCUCGGUGGAUCGUGGAUCCAGAGGUUCCAUAGAUACGCCGUCUACCCCUACGUCGGUACUACCGACGAUUUCUGGUGAGGGAUCGCGUACGAAGUUCGUACGCGAUCUUGUUCGUACUACGAACAAGACCGCCGGGUGUAGUGUUGGUUGAUCGUGCAACCGACGGGAUUCUCUAGCUGGCCGGCCAGCUUCCAAGAAACUCGGGCAACAACUCCACAAUUAAUCGUCGGCGGUGUUGCUAUCAACAAUAGGCGAGCUACACCUAAUUUCUGAUCAUGUCGGGCCUCAGACUGCUUCAAGUCGUGGCUAAUCCAAAGAAAGAAUACUGUCCGCGGACAACCCCAGCCCGAUCGAUUCAAUCAGAAAAAGAAUGGAGCUCAAGUGUUCUGAUAACAUCAAAUACAUGCGCAGAGCGGCGCAGCGGCCAAUAAAGGUGUAUGUCCUGAAUACGUACUGGAUUUGGUUGAUACGAAU